AUGGAAAACUCGAAUGGCAUGGCCGCCUACGAACAACUCCAAGGCGAGCCGGUUUCCAGUGAGCUUUUUCACAAUAGAAUCACAACCAUGCAGGGUCUGCUUAAUGCUCUUGAGGACUCGGCCUUUAUUGAAAUCGACACAGAGCAUAUUCCCAUCUGCAAGAUUUGCCUCCAAGAACUAACCAGCCAUAUCUUCAAUAUCAAUCUCGUUAAAGAAAAGCAAGAUGAAAUUAUUCGUCUGAGGGGGAAAGGUGGCGUGCCAACUCGACGUCGUCACCGUUUUGGCCGGGAGCAACAAGUUGAUCUUGAAAAUUUAGAGGGAGCCAUCGUAGACUUCAUCCAGGGCUGCGAUAGCAAGGCAAACCUGGUGCUCAUUGGGUUCGAGAUGGCAGCUGAGUGGACAUACUUGUCGAGAAAUUUCCCUCAGGCCAUACCUUUCUUUUCAGCCUGGGUGGAUCUUCGGGAUAUUGCCAAAGAUGUGACCUCGUCGGUUGGGAUUAUCCCUGGGUUGGUGUCUUUACUCAAAAUAUUUGGAUAUCACUGGAAAGAUCUUCAACCGGGGAGGAAGAAUCUCACUGACGGCAUUGCUGACAAUGCCGGAGAUGAUGCCGUAGCAACUUGCGCGUUGGCUAAUGCUCUUCUUGAUUCAGGAAACCAGGAGAAGCUAAAGUUCCGACGAGAAUGUGGUCGAAUCGCUCGCAUUUCCACUAAGAAGAAAGGUUUCUAG